UCCGGGAAGGGGAGGGACUCCGACGACAAAGUCUGGGGCGCUGCUGUGCUACUCACAAGGCUGCACCACAACAACAGUGCACCCAAUUUAAUCCUAAAUGCUCGAUUCACUGUUUGUUGUCCUUGCGUAGGAAACCGAGUGUAACGCUAAAGAGCAUCGCCGUUUAUAUUUUUGGUUUAAAUUCGCGUUUUGGCCGGUUCUGCCCGGCCCGGCCUGCCUGCUCGCUGCGCGGAGGCUAAAUGGCAGUGCGGGCUUAUCACGUCCACAAACGUGAGCCAAGUUGCCUGUGAACUUUGUCACAUAUCGGAGCAAUGUCGAGCCUGCUAUUGGUGAGAAACGGCAGGAGAGCGGUAUCGGUGAUCGGCGGGGGGCGCAGAGGCACCGACGCACUUUCAGGAGUUCAUCCGGCUGCGCGGCGCACAAUCAUAGAUCUGUCCUACUCAGCGCACUUCAUGGAUUUCCAAGGAUCCUCCAUACCCAGCAGCAUGAAAAAGCUGGUGGUAAACAAGCUGAGUCCGAAUUUCAGGGAGGCCGUUGCCAUGCAAACCGUCGCGGUGCCUACACCCGGAGACGCGGACCUGCUCGUCAGGAAUCGUUUUGUGGGAGUCAACGCCUCUGAUAUUAAUUACACAUCAGGCCGGUACGACCCCUCGGUGAAGCCCCCCUUCGACGCCGGUUUCGAGGGCAUCGGCGAGGUCGUCGGCCUUGGUCUUAGCGCCAGCUCCCGCUUCACUGUCGGGGACAUGGUAGCGUACUUCACCAGUGGUGCGUUCUCCGAGUACACGGUGGUGAAAGCCAAGGAGAGUAUUCCGGUCCCCGCGGUGAAGCCAGAGUUCCUCACCCUGCUGGUCAGCGGCGCCACGGCCUACAUCGCCCUGAAACGUCUGGGCGACCUGAAGGAAGGCGAGACGGUCCUGGUCACGGCGGCCGCUGGAGGAACGGGACAGUUCGCCGUGCAGUUUGCCAAACGGGCCGGUUGUCACGUGAUAGGGACCUGUUCGUCCAACGAGAAAGCCGGCUUCCUCAAGUCCAUCGGCUGCGACCGGCCAAUCAACUACGCCUCAGAGGACCUCGCCAAAACGUUGAAGAAAGAAUACCCGAAGGGCGUGGACGUGGUCUAUGAGUCUGUGGGAGGCAGUGUCUUGGAAUUGGCAGUGAAAAGUUUGGCCACUAAGGGUCGGCUGAUCGUGAUCGGCUUCAUCUCGGGGUACCAGAGUGCAUCGGGGUUCCCGCCCUUCAGAGGGGACACCCUGCCCGUCAGGCUCCUCCAGAAGUCGGCCAGCGUCCGAGGUUUCUUCCUGCCGCACUUCUUCAGCGACUACAGGGAGGCUCUGGGCAGCAUGAUGCAGAUGUUUGCCAAGGGGGAGCUGCAGUGUGAGGUGGAUUGUGGGGAUUUGUCAGAGGAGAGGUUUGUAGGCUUGGAGUCCGUCUUCAGGGCCGUGGACUUCAUGUAUGCGGGGAAAAAUCUGGGCAAGGUGGUGGUGGAAGUGUCACCACCCGCUGUUAGCAACAGUAAGCUGUGAUUUAACAAACGCACUAAACGACAGAUAACACUUGAACCUGACUGAAUGUUGUGAUUGAAUCAUUGUUUAACAGAGGUGUUCUUUAUUUUUGUAAGAUGAUUGACUAAAUAAUAGUUAAUGCCUUAUGAUAACAGAUGAAUAACAACUUUAUCUUGAUUGUUGAAUCUUUAUGCAAUUAAAGUGUUUUAAUGUGAAGGGUAAACCGUCCCUGAUAAUCUGAGAAUACCAGCUCAGCCUGGAUUAUGAUGUCUACAAAUGUCCGUAUUAAAAAAAAUCAGGAACAAAGUCUUUGCAAUUCCUUCCAGAUUUUUCUCCCCCUGUUUUGAUGUACCCACAUCCUGGUACCAGUCCGUAUCUUGACUGUAUUUCAGACUGGCUGCCAUAACAUGCUCACUUUUAGCGCUCUCAGGCACUUUAUCUACUAUAAAUGUUUUAUGAUGGACUUCAUUGUUUUUCUAAUAGGGGGGGGGCUUACAUUGGUAUGUGCUUGUCAAAAGUGAGUGCAGCUCCAGGUGUGCUUGGUAUUUCAUGGCCUGUUUGUGGCUGACAGAAACAGCAUUCACACAAUCAAUCUCUCCAUUCACAUGCCCACGAGCUGCACAUAAUAAAACAAAAUUAGUCUAUCUAACCAGGAGUUGGACUGGAAAAGGCCAUUACUUUUCUUCACUGCAAAGGGAAAAAAAACACUCAUAGUGAAUGUAUUGUGAAAUCACCUCUGACAUGUUUUUUUUCCAUUUCCAUUUUUUUGUAUUUUAUUUAUUUGUAACAGUAAACAAAGCAGCUGAACAUAUGUUUAGGAAGAUAAUUCACAUGGAAGAAAAUUCCUACUUUGACCCCAAAGAUUUUCAUUAUUUAAAGAGAGGUGUUUAUUAUAACAGGAUACAAAGUUUUUCAAAUCCUCACACGAUCAAACAUUAUUAGAUAAACCUUGUUUUCUUUGCAGAAGAGGAAGAAGCAGAAAGUCCAUGUUGCAGCGAUGUCCGUAUGUAGUCUCAAGCAAACACCUGUUCCUACCUGGCAGGGAGGGCUGUAGUGUUCAUACACUGUGAACAUGUUAUUUCCUCAUCCAGGUGGCCACUCAAAAUAUAACCCAGUGUGAAAUACGUUACAGGUGUGACCCCAGCAUGCAAAGCUGCUACCUUCACCAGACGGUGCAGGAAAUCAGAAACACACCAGGCCGAGGCCGUUUUCAAUCCACAGUGAAGGAAGUCAAAAAAACAGUGAUAGUAUUAGACAUUAGACAGAGGUCAUUAUUUCAGUUUAGGUACAUUGAUUCACAUUUUUUUCCCCUGUUAUAUUAUUUGCAUACAUUUCUAUGGAUAAUUAUCCAGAUAUAGAUUGUUUAGACAAAUCAUAUCUGCAAAGCUAAAAUAAAGCUUCUGUAUCUGAAACACUAAAACAAAAAAAAUACAUGAAUUGCA